AUGAUUUCCGUCUUGUCGCCCUCUGACUUCGAAAAGGCAAAAGAGUUCCGUGCCUUCUUGCGAAACCUCGGGCUAUCGAAAUCUUUGGACCUUUUUUCGGAACAAUGGGAUGAACUCGUAAAACAGCAAAAGGAGAUUACCACCAACGAGGAAAGGAUGUCGGAACAGGAUAAAGAAAAGUCUCAGAGGGUUUCAAGUGCAGGCUCUACGCCAUCCGUAACAGCCGCUCGUGUGCUACGCGUGAAGCAUCGUGUGGUGUCGGCAGUUGGUAUAGAAGAUGAUUUGUGGCAACCUGUUGGUCAUGAGUUUCUCUCCCCCGCCUUCACUACAGGAGCUGGUAUUUCGUUGGAAGCCUAUGAGAUGGCAAGGCAGAAUGACGCUGUCACUUUGGUUUGUACAAACCCGUACUUUAAGGAACCACCACCAUCUAAUCUACCGCUGGAGCACUUUGAUUUACGAGUGUGGUAUGAAAGCGGUAAGACGGGGUUUGAGGAAGAGAAGGAACUACCGAUUUCGGUUGACUCCAUAGUUGCUGGUCGGUAUCAAAUGCUCCAAUACCUCGACUCCGCUGCCUUUUCCCGCACUGUGCGCUGUAUGGACUUACAUGAGGAUCGCGAAGUGUGCCUUAAAAUCAUACGGAACUCUAAGGACUUCUUUGAUCAGAGUAUAGACGAAAUCAAGUUGCUCAAGUUGAUCAAUUCUUCGGGUGAUACAGAGGAGAAUUGUGUAGUCAAAAUGUAUGAUUUCUUCUACUACAAGGAACACAUGUGUAUAGUUACAGAGCUUCUCCGCGAUAACUUGUAUCGGUUUAGCAAGUACAAUCGUGACGAAGAGACGGAACUGUACUUUACACUACCCCGGCUUCAGGCCACCGCAAGACAGGUUCUUACGGGGUUGCGAUUCUUGCAUAGUCUUGGUCUGAUACACUCCGACCUCAAACCAGAGAAUAUUCUUAUCCAGUCGUACAGUCGGUGUGCAGUGAAAAUAAUUGAUUUUGGGAGCAGUUGCUUUUUGACCGAUAACCUCAGUUCCUACGUGCAGUCCCGUUGCUACCGGGCACCAGAGGUGAUUCUUGGUUGUAAGUACGAUAGCGGCAUUGAUAUUUGGUCUUUGGGUGCCAUUCUUGCUGAACUGGCGACGGGUAAUGUGUUAUUCGAAAAUAACUCGAUUCCGCAGAUGUUGGCGUCUAUUUGUAGCGUUUGCAACGAGUUGCCGUCGAAGCUUCUACACGAAGGUCGGAACACUCAUCAUUACGUUACCAAGUUUGGUGCGUUUUACGAGUAUUGCGAAAAUAUGGAUCUUAUAUUCCAUUACCCUGUUCAAGGUACGCCGCUGCCGGAACUUUUUGGCUACGAUGAUCCCUUAUAUGUUGACUUCGUACGCUCGUGCCUCACUUUAGACCACCGUCAGCGCCCUACGGCGGAAGAGCUUCUGAAACAUCCCUUUAUCCACAACGAUUAUGGAAGUGCAUACAGUAAACCCCCACCUUUGAAGAAGCAGGUUGCCGAUACAAAUGGCAUCAAAGACACGUCUAUUUGA